GAACUGAUCCCACGUGUGACGGAGCGCUGCAUUCCCGGUUUGCUGACACUGUAGCUCCGCUCUAUCUGCCGACCUACCGUCUGUGUGUAUCCGUUAGUCACUGCCUGUAGCUGGGUCAGAUAUGGAAGGAGACGGAAGCCAAGCCACGUCUGGAAACCCGACUGAUCCGCAACACGACCCGGGGAAAAUGUUUAUCGGUGGCCUCAGCUGGCAAACUUCACCAGACAGCCUUAGAGAUUAUUUUAGUAAAUUCGGGGAAAUCCGAGAAUGUAUGGUGAUGAGAGACCCAACGACGAAACGUUCCAGGGGCUUUGGCUUCAUCACUUUUGCAGAUGCUGCCAGCGUAGAUAAAGUCUUAGCACAGCCGCACCACGAGUUAGACUCUAAAAUGAUUGACCCCAAAGUUGCCUUUCCUAGACGUGCUCAGCCCAAGAUGGUCACAAGAACAAAGAAAAUAUUUGUAGGAGGAUUAUCAGCCAACACAGUAAUUGAAGAUGUGAAGCAAUAUUUUGAACAGUUUGGCAAGGUAGAAGAUGCCAUGCUAAUGUUUGACAAAACCACCAACCGACAUAGAGGUUUUGGCUUUGUAACAUUUGAAAUUGAGGAUGUGGUGGAAAAAGUCUGCGAGAUCCAUUUUCAUGAAAUCAAUAAUAAAAUGGUAGAAUGCAAAAAGGCCCAGCCCAAGGAAGUGAUGUUUCCUCCAGGGACACGAGGUCGGGCCAGGGGCCUACAAUACACAAUGGAUGCCUUCAUGCUGGGCAUGGGCAUGCUGAGUUAUCCUAACAUUGUAGCAACAUACGGCAGAGGCUACACUGGUUUUGCCCCAAGCUAUAGUUACCAGUUCCCAGGCUUCCCAGCAACGGCAUACGGACCGGUGGCAGCAGCGGCAGUAGCAGCAGUUCGCGGCUCAGGUAGGGGGACCCGUGGAAGAGGCAGCGGCUACACGGCAUACAGGCAGAACGCAGGGGCAGGGUUCCCUGAUUAUGGGUUGUAUUCCGGGGCCAGCGGUGACAUGCGGGGAGGAGCGCCCUACUCCCUGGCCGACUAUGGCUCCCUGGGCACCCAGGCAGCUGCUCAAAUCCUGCCCAGUGAGCAUGCCAGCUCGGCCUGCAACUCUCCCACCUCCCUCCAGCACCAUCUGCACAGCCCGGACCCUUUUAAGAGCCCAGGAACCAACCCCACCCGGCCUGGAGCCUUUCCUGGUGCCAACAGUCCCGGCCCUGUAGCUGACCUCUAUGGAACCGCCAAUCAGGACUCUGCUGUAGGCAACUACAUCAAUGCCAACAGCCCUCAGCCGGGCUCUGGCUUCAGCCACAGCAUUGCUGGUCCACUGAUUGCGACAGCUUUUACAAAUGGAUACCACUGAAAGCUAACAAGUGACUGGUUGCCAUCUUAUUUAAGGUGAUGCCAUCCAGCACUAACCACUACAGCAUCCACGCAGUGAGCCAGAGCGGAGGAGGCACCAGAUGAAGAACAGUUUGAAAGCAAAAGUCAAAAAUCAUCACAGAAAAAAAGAUGACAGUCCGUGAGUGGUGUAAAGCCUGACCUGCUAUGGAGAUCCCUCUAAAUGUAACUGGUGUCCUUGUGUAGAGAUUUGUUGGUUUAGAUUUUCUUUUCUUUUUUCUUUUUCUUUUUUUUCUUUUUUCAAUUUAUUUUCUUAAAUUGUGAUUGUUGUUUUUGUCUUGGACGUAAAAUCAAUAAUGAGAAAUUAUUUUUAAGCAUUAAGUUUGGAUUAUUUUAUGUGUGCGUUUGUUUCUUUUGAUCCGCACGUAACAGAAGCAAUGUACAUGUCACUCACCUUUUUGUGUGUCUGCUGAGACACUGUGGUUAUUUGUAUUUUUAUCUUUGAGUGAUUGAAAGAUUGUCAGACACAUAUAAAGACAUCUGAAGUGAACCAACAUAGCUCAGUGGAGACAGUUUUGGUUCAUGUAUCAAAACAAUACAAUAUAAACCAAGAACACCUAGUAGCUUUGGCUCUUGCAAUGUGGUCACUAACUAUUUUUGGCAAUAAGAGGACUACAAUAUUUUCACGGUCCUGUUUUAUAAAUGUUUUAUUGUCUGGAGGGGGAAAAAAAAUAGAAAAAGCUGUCCUUGUAGUUCUAUGUCAGACUGAAUUGUUUAUCUGUAACUGUGUUCCAGUCAUAUAUCAGGCAUAAAGUGGUUUAGAGAGGGAAAGACAUAUUUUUUUGAUGGUUGAAUGGGCGACAAAGCCACAACACGCUGGAUGGGAGGACAUCAACUGUCUCAACAGAGUCCCAUCUAUUGCACAACGCCAGAGGAAAAGAUAACCCCAUGACAGAUCAUGCACUGCUGGUUCGCUCCGUACAUGCUAUCUGCUUUCCAACUGUGGCUAAUUUGAUACCAGCAUAUUUUGUCCAUGUGAUGAGCUAUAGUGUGCACAAUUAGACAAAGACGUCACAAACACCUGUGGAUCUGCACUCUGUGACACACAGCUGAAAAGCUUGUCUCUUCUGCAUCACUGCAACUCUGGAGCUCUGUAGCACGAAAAAGAAAUCAAUCCAAAGCACACUUGAUAGUUUUGGGAAGACUAGACGAAUCAGUUGUGUCCUCAUAUUUCACAAAGAUGUUUGAUAUACUGUAAUUGUCUUUACAUGUCUGGUGUCAAACAAAAGGCAAUAUUGCAAGUUUCAUUUUUUGGCAACUUGUGUUUCUUACAAGGAGGAAGACGUGCAGCAGAGGCGUGUUGCUUAUUACCUCAGUCCUAUGUGUUUUGUAAUGAUGACCAGAGAACUUAUUUGAGAAUGAAAAUCGAAAAAUAUAACAGGCUGACAAAGUGAAGUUGUUGCACUGUUAUCCGAGGUAAGGCUGAGAGCAGAUUUAAUUUGCACAUUAUUUGGUCAGUCUCUGAAGUGGACUCUUAUUGAAGAAGACUUUUAUUUAUAACUUAGUUUUGGUCAGCCUAACUUGAAACAUUUAUUUACUGUUUUUAAAUGUUGACAGUUGCCUGCAUACCACUGGUUGAUCCACCAUUACUGAAUACACAAAUUUUCAUACAAGCAUUAUGAAAAUAAAAAUGUAAAGAAAAAUAGGAAUGUUAUCUAUAAUUUAAUGUAAAUAGGAAUUUGCUAUAACUAAAGAAUCGGUCUUUCUUUAAAGUUUUGAAAUGAUUAAUGAAUUAUUAAAUGUAUGCUGUUUUAUUCCCUUCUGUGCUAAAACAGAUAUUUUAGAAAUUACUUUUACAAAACAUGGGAAGCUGAAUGCUGGACUGUUUCUAAAAUGAGGACUUCAAGUAAUAAUCACAAAAAAAAAGAAAAGAAAAGAAAAGAAAAGAAAAGAAAAGAGGAAAUGUGUAUGUCAUUAAUUAAAAAGAAACAUAUGUUCCCUCGUAUGAUUUACAUUUCUAAGAAGGAUUUGUAUCAAUAUUUUUUGUGGCUGUUAAUGAUUAUAUAACAAUAAUAAUAUGAUGUACUGUAUAUCCAUUGAGUUUUCUCUUAAUUCCUUGUCAUCCUCAACAAUAAUCUUCAGUUGAUCAUUAAUAUAUUUCAAUAAUAUAUACAAAAGAAAAUCCAAUGACCUUAUAUAGGAGUGCUGUCUUUGAUACCAGUGUAGUGGUCUAUACACAGAUUUGUUAACCUUUAAAACUGUCACUCCCUUUGUCUCUCCUCUCACUCUUUCUCCUAGUAACUAGUGAUAGAUGUUCUGUAGUUGCAAUAGAUACUAUUAGCUUGUACUCAUUAGAUGAUGUAGGACCUGUAAGGAUAGAACUUUCUAAUUUUUUCCAUCUGGGGAAAAAAAGCUGACAUUGUUUUCACUUGUAUUUUGAUUUUUCUGUUGACUUUCUGUUCUGUGCUGCUCUCACGUGGUUUCAGCAAACCAAAGCUCUCACUGAAAACAUUUGAAGAAAGAUUUGCUGUAAGUUGUUCUUUUAAACAAGGCAUUAAAUGGAUCCCCACCCUUGAAUGUUAUAAAAACAGGGGGUUUGCCAUACUACCUUAAAUGCUAAUGCUAGAUAUGCAAAACACUUUGAUUUGUUAUGAUUUGACAAAGUUAAAGAGCAGUAGGGGUUUUAUUACACUGAUGAAACAGAUAAAUUAUUUUUAUAUAGCUACAACAGAUUGAUGAUAAUAACAGUAAUAACAAUAAUGACUAUUAUAAAUAUCAUUAAUGUGAACUCUGUUUUAAUAUUUCUAUUCUUGAAAUAUCCCAUGAUACUACUUUUUAAGACUGUUUUUUUACUUGUUCAGUAUUUGUAAAUUUUAGUUUAACUCACCCAAAAUGAUUUAUUUUUUACUCUUGAAUCAUGAAAACAGCUCAUACUUUAAUCAUUAUUAUAAUGUCAAUCACUGAAGCAGCUGGUUGUCUAGUAUCCUGCUCAUUAAUGCACAUCUCAUCUGAGAUACCUAUAGCCUUAAGAACUUGCAAUAACUUUCUUUCCUGGAAUUUGGUGACCUGAAUAGAAACAGUUGCUAUGGGAAUGAGGUAAACCUGUCCGCCACAUGUCUACCUGAGUUGUUUCGAAAUAUAUCUGUUAGUAUGUCAAGUUAUGGCUUUGCACUUUUGUCAAACAAUGUUCACACUGAACAUGAAAUUUCACAUGGGGAAAUUUUGUACAAAGUCAAUUGCAAAGACACGCAUAGAUGCAAAUUUGGACCAGUUGAUGCAAAUGUGAAAUGUAAGCUAUUCGCGCGCGCGCGUGUGUGUGUGUGUGUGUGUGUGUGUGUGUGUGCAGGUGCCGUAAAUGUGUGUGACACUGUGUUGAGAAAAUCUAUCAGUGUUGAGUAGAGAGUCUCCAGAUGUUAAUGAGAAUUAGAAAUGGAGGAUAGAUUAAUUGUCGCUGUUUGUGGCCACCCAGAGAGGAAUUUGUGAAUCCUAGAGUAGUGAAGGAAUGGCCCGCCUCACUGUGCCUUACUGUGCCUUUUAUUGGCUUACCCUGACAUCCUUACCCUAUCCUUAACCAAUCCCACUUGUUUUUUUGCCUAAACCUAACCAAUCCAAACAACAAAGGCAACAAGUAUUAGCCAAACAUAUGGAAAGCAGGAAAGGUUAUUCCUUUGCUAGUAUUCACAAAUUUGCCACCCAGAGCUCACUUAACACUAGUACUUUACAGAGACAGAACAAAAACAAGAGGGCUCGGAGAUUAGUGAGCAAAGCCAGAGAAUAUUGUGUGCCCUGAAAAUAUGUUUUUGUGACUUGUGUCAGAUAUGUUGUUGAGUUGCUUCUUAGCAGUAUGCUCUGAGUAAUACAUGUCAGUCUUUUGUUCUAGACAGUAAACAGGGAAGGAGUGAAGCAGUAAUGCUCUGCCAUAGACAGUACGAAAAAUGAUAAAGAAUGUUGUCAUCUUGGUUCAUGUUGAUUCAAAGCACAGAGCCUCCAUGUUUACAGCGUUCAUGUGACUUAGCUAUCGGUUGCACCUUACCACGAACCAAAUUAGCCGUUAGCUGCCUUCGCACAACCAUUAGCACAACUGUUAAGGCAGAAUAUUUACCAGUUGCAAAAUUCUUCUUCUUCAAAAAAAAAAAACACUCCAGCCGCUGUAUUCGCAAGAGUACAAUUUGCUUUGUGUUCGAUGUGAACACAAUAUAAGAGCAAUGCCAGAGACAGUCGGUGGACACAGUGCAUCCUACAAAUUAUGUUCACUUAUGCCACUUAUUUGAAAAGCAAAGUAUGCAUUUGGGGCACAUAUAAUGCCAGACUAGGGUAAUCAAAUCAAUUUUAUUUAACAGCUGAAAUCACAAAAGACAUUGGUCUCAGAAGGCAGCACAGCAGUAUCACAAAUUUCUGUGGGAACAAUAAAUCACUUGUAUAAGUUGGAGACGACAAACACAACUCAUUUAGGGUAAGGGGAACAUCAUGGUUGGGGUUAAAACUGCUACUUCAUUAAGGCCAGGGGACCUUUGUCAUUAUAACUGCAAUAAUAAUCACUUGGUUAAGGUCAAGGAAUGAUCAUGGUCAGCGUAAACUGUAAUAAAAUAGGUCCAGCCUAUGUGACAACUUGGGUUGUUGCCCACUGCCUGUAAUAACUGAUGUGCCUGGUGCGUAUCAUGCUGCUGUGAAAACUUCGUCCUUAUUUUUCCCACUACAGUAGCACUUAGUGCUUUGCUUGAAAUCCUAAGAUACAACAAACCAUGAAAUUAAAAGCUCAAAGUGUAGUGAGAAGCAUCUAUAUAUAUUCAUGCAGGGUAUGUUUCUUUACUUGUCACUGCUUGAUAUGAAUAUCACAAUGCUUCCUUCUUUAGCAUUUAACACUGCCACAAAAUGUAAUGGAACAUAGUGUCAUGUGAACAUAAUUCAUAGGACAGGUUUGUACAAAAGCACGCUACAGAACCCUGAGUAGCAUUUGAAGAAAUCAUAAUGUACCAAUAAUGGACAUGCCAUAUCACAAGUGUCAUGCUCUUCCUUUAAAGCAGCACACUUAUUGUGUUGUUACAUGCCUCAGUUGAGUUGAUGAGUGGUGGGCUGGUCCUCUUCCUCUAUAGCAUACCUCAUGUUAUACCCUUGGUUUGGAACAUAUCACAGCAGUACAGCACUGUACCUUUAUUGACAAUUAUUUGUUAGCAAAAAUCUUCCACAUGUGCAGCAAUCUGUCGUAACAUUAAAACCACUUACUCAGAAUGAGCAUGGACUUGCCAGUAUCCCAUAGGUCCUGGGUCCAUUCCUCAACUGGUCAGAGCCAAGUCCAAUGUACGGUAGGGCCUCCUUUGGUGUCCUCUGGUGUUUGCUACCAGGGCGGUGGAGGCUGAGCCUUUGAGCCCUGUGGGUUGUGAGGUGGGGCCUCUUUAAAUUGGAUUUGUGCUGGUACUUCCAACAGACACUUGAUCGGAUUGGGGUCUGGGGAUUUCGGAAGACAGGGCCUUAAGCUCGGUGUCAUAUUCCCUGGGCCAUUCCUGAACAAUUCUUGCGGUGUGGCAUGGUGCGUUGUUUUGCUGUGGUGGGCCACUGCCAUCAGGGAACGCCAUUACCAUGAGGGGGUGUACAUGGUCUGCAGCAGUGUUUGGGUGGGUGGUUAGGGCAAGUGGUAUAAAUGCCAGGAUUCAAGGCUUCCCAACAGAACACUGCAUUGUAAUAAGAUGAUCAGUCAGUACGUUUACAUGCACAGUUAAGACGAACCACAGUUAAAGCUCGACUAGGCCAUUUAAUUGGACGACUAUACUUGUCCCACUAUACAAGCACAGCAGGGGAAUCGAUUUAUUGAAUGAAGUAUGUCCAACUCUGCCACAAUAGGUGGCGAUAUGCCCCCUUUCAGUUUGUUAGUGUUGAACCUUCUUCCGGUUGACCUGUUACUUCACAGACCAAACAAUUGACAACCAAGUUAGCUACAGAUAGCUAGUGGCAAACUGGUACCAUGGUGAACAACUUUACAGCUCUGCACAUUUCGUCCACACAAAAAUGCGCAGCUCUGGAUGUAGACUUCACCAUAUUGUUACAGGCUUCUUCUUCUGGUAUGCAUUUAUUGCUUUAAACUCGCGGAUCAUAGCACGGGGCAGAAACUGUGGAGCAUGCACAAAGUGCUUAGGCCAGUGUGGGUCCAAUUGACUGUAUACAUGCAGGAGUAAUUUGACUCCCAAUUGCAUUAUCUAGGUGUAUUUGUCCGACUUUGAGAAAUUCAAUUUAGUACAAUUUCAGUUGGACUAAAACACCGUUUUUAGUCGGACUAAGACAAUAAAUCAGUUUUCUCUAAUGUCAUGUAAACAUACUGAGUGUUCACUUCACCUGUCAGUGGUUUUAACGUUGUGGCUGAUUGGUGUAUGCAGAAUCUAUGUAUAUGUAUGUAAACUGAAUCUGUACCUACCUAAGCUAAUUUGAUUAAAGUAUGAGCUGUUUCCCAUUUCAAAGUAGCUGAUCCAGUUUCCCAUUUUCUUAUGCAGUACACCUUCAUCGCUUCAGAUUGUUUUGAUUUGAUCUCAUAGCUGGCACUUUAAGGUAGCAUGGCUCUGUUGUUGCUGUACUUUAAUAUUGACAACAGUUUACAGCUGAUGAAUGUUACACAUCUUGCUAGACAAGUUCAUCAUUGGUUAAUUGUUGACUAGGAAAAAAAAAGAGAGAAGAAAAAAACACAACAUAUGACCUGGAAGGUUUUUGGAAUAUAUAUAUAUAUUGUGAGUGUACUACUGUAUCCACUUAAACUUGAAUUUUGAGGCAAGUGCUAGGUAAUGGCCAACUGCACAUCUCGUCACUGUAACAUAGCUCAUGUCUGCUGGUGGGGAUAGUCAUGUAUACGUGGAUCAAAGGGUUAGCUUCAUGCACAGCCAGCACUCACAGCAACCAUCUUCCCAUGAAGCAAAUGAAAUGAAAACAAAAGUAGGAGGUAUUAUAAUAAUUUUGUGUAGAGUUGUGCCAACAGUGGCACAACUCUACACUGACUUGAAGGUUUUAUGUUUUUAGAAGUGAUGCAGCCAUUAGUUUCUCAUCAUGUAGCAGUAGAAGCUUGACCUUUAUAUGGAGGUAUCUGAUUGCCUUGCCCAUUCCUACCACUUGCCCACUUUUUAAUGUUAACAGACUUUUUACCAUGAUAGCUGACUGAAUGGACUGUCUGAAAACAUCUUUCAGGUCUUCUUGUAUGGCUUGCUCAAGCCCUGUUGUAAAAAAAAAAGAAACAAAAAAAAAAAAGAAAUACAGAAGAAUAGACAAAAACGUGGAUGGGGGUCUCUCACAUCCCUGAUGUGGAAAGUAUAAUUUUAUAUUUGUAUUUUCAAAUAAUAAUAAUAAAAGAUGUUUGUGAAAGGAUUCCAUCCUCUACUCUGGUCCAGAAAUCAAUGUGUUUGUCUAAAAAAAUGAAAUAAAGCUGUUUUCAAUCAGUUCAAGUAAUGUUUUUACUGCUGACCAACAUGAAAUCAACAGAAACAUCGAACUUGGAUGCCUUUAUUCAUAUUCAUGAAAUUCAUGUGGAAAUGCAACACAUGUACAUGAAACAUCAUAAUCAAUUAAUCAUUUGCAGGACUCAGUGGACA